UCUACCACACCGCAGGCGCGCCCCCGUCACCGGAAGUGUUUCCAAGCAAAAAAUGAACCCUUGGAUCAGAAAGACUGCAAUAUAAAAGACUGGUCUUUAAAACGUAUUUAAAUUUAAUCUGAAACGCACUCUUUAAAACAGCGUUACGCGUUAGGGUACUGAUGAAAGCUAUCCAUCAAUCCAGAGGCAACAAACUUUACAGCAGGGCUACGUUUUGUCGCCCCCACCCCACGUAGAAACCUGAAAUGGAUUUGAAGAUUAAAGGCAUAACAGCAACUCCGAGAGAAGGAGGGCAGACCCAUCUGGAAGCAGGAAAAAACUCUGCGCAGGGAUGGAGAGCCAAUUCAAGAGCCACGCGAGGCCCUCGUCCUAAUGAGGUGCCAGAAUUGAACUUUGGUAAACUAGAGGAUUCGGAGGAUGAGGAUUCUUAUAUACCUGCCAGCAAAGGGUACCCUUGCUUAGCGCCUCCAGACUCCAGCUCCACGGUAAGCUGGGGAACACCUUUCCCAACUCCAUAUGCGCUGCACCACCACAGCCAGCAGAAACCUUUCCAUAAAAAUACUGAAGCCAAUAAAAAGCCUCUUUCGUGGGAAGAGAAGACCGUCCCAGAGAAUCUGCCAGCACCUUCAGAGAGAUACAAGCAGAAAUAUAAACAGUAUGAGUCUGAUUUAAAGGAGAGUUACAGGCAGCAUUCUCAGAAUGUGAAGGAGAAGAGUAAAACGGGCACACAGCUAGAGCACUCCCCAAGGAAUGAAGCACACACACAGGCUGUUGAAGAUGAUCUGACAGCUCUCGAUGAGAAAGCUCUUCAGCAGCAGUGUUACACGAGCAAACCGUACAGCGCACAGCACAGUAUGAGAAAGCUAGCAGCAGAAGACUUUGCAAUAGAGAGGAGAAAGCAAGCUGUGGUGGAGCAGGUGAUGGUGGACCAGCUGUCCAGGUCUGUCAUAAGUGAUCCUGAACAAAAUGGGACCAUCAGAGAACAGAAUUCUCUCCCAGGGCUUGGAUCAGCACCUUUACGCUUUAAGAACAGGACACUACAUGACACAAAAGUGAAGACCAGUUCAGCAUUAACAGAAAAUUUGCUAUCUAACAAGUUGCGCUUUGAUGCUAGAAUCUUAUCAAGAAAUGGACGUGAUGCUUGCAGAGAGCUGAUCGGAUUCUUCUUUGGCUUUGAUAAAUCUCUGACAGUCUAUGAAUAUCGUCAUUUUGGGAAAAAUAGAUCAAAUGCACUUCCAUUUAUUCAGAAGGGUGCUUACAGUCAUCAGCAUGGAAGAAGAAAAGGGAUGCAAUACCAAAUUCGAGAUUUCUAUGUUGGGGCCAACAUAACUUUCACCACAUCUGGACAAAAUCUCCCUGAAAGUAUUAGAAAGAAGCCGUCCUUCACCAUUCGGAUAACUAAUGUGGGUGAAGUUCCCAAAAGUAUGCUGCCAGCCACUUCUACAGGGAAGAACCAGGGUCCCACAAAACAGGAACUUGAUGACAAAAAUGUCUUCAAGGCCAUUCAAGGAAUGUUGAAGGAAAGGCUAAGUAAGAGAGGAGUUCGUACACUGACAGGAUUAGGAAAGUACUUCCGAAAUAAAGACUCGUCUGGCGAUGGGGUUUUACAGAAGACAGAACUCAGACAAGCUCUGAAGGAAUUUCAUUUGGACCUGCCUGAUAAGGACUUUGAAUCUCUUUGGCUGAUACUGGAUCAGAACUGUGAUGGACAAGUAGAUUAUGGAGAGUUCAAAUGGGCAGUAAUUGGAGAAAUGAGUGAAUAUCGCAAGGCUUUUGUUAGAAAAGCCUAUAUGAAACUUGACCCAAACAAGACUGGCAACAUUGCUGUGAUUGACAUCAAAAAGUUCUACUGUGCCAAGAGACACCCAAAAGUGUUAUCCGGUGAAGCCACAGAGGAACAACUCAGAGCUGCUUUUGUGGAAACCAUGCAGGAAUCCUGCAGAGAUCCCAGUGCCGUUUCAUACACUGAAUUUGAAGAUUAUUAUGAAGGAAUGAGUAUUGGAAUAAUUGAGGACGAAGAUUUUGCUAAUGUCCUAAAAAAUUCCUGGGGAAUAUAAAAUAAAACAAAACAAAAAAAAAAAAACUGGAAUAGAGGCUGGAAAAAACUAUUGUGAGCGUUACUGUGAACAUGAGUAUUGAUGCCUUCAUUUAUUGAAGGCUUUUGUUUGAUUGUCAAUUUUUUAAAAACAACUUUACAGAUAGAAAUAGGUGAAUUUAAGAAAAAAGCAUAUACUUUUAGGGGAAUAGAUCUGUACUUUGCUGUAUAAUUGUUUAAAAUGAAUAGUUAUGCAUCAUUAAUAAGGUGAUAUAAAUUUUAAAUGAGUGCAAACUUUGUAUUUGUAAUUUUUUUUUUUUUUUUUUUUUUUUACCUUAUGUUGAAAAUCACUUCAAAACUAUUAUUAAUAUUCAGCCUUUUAAAGAGUUUAAAUUACAUGCCAAUGGGCUUAAAUGGACCUCUUAACUAUUUUAAUAUUUAAUAGAAAAUAAUGUCUCAUGCAGCCCUGGUAAUUAAUCUAUAUGUAGGUAAUUGAAAAGGUCAUUAUGAAUGUUAAAUGUAGCAAUAUCUUACAUUAUAGUUACAGCAUUUAUGGCAACGGUACAUUGGUAUUUCACUUAAAGAAUAAAUAAUGUGGAACUGGUACUUAGUCAAUUUGUUUACUACAUAUUUUUAACCCCUUUAAAUCUUCUCGCAUGCUAUUGCUGUUUUUUGGGUACAGGGAGGCACUAUUUUGAAUACAUUUUUUUUAUUUUUUUGUUGUUGUUGUUGUUGUUAACCUGUGUCUGAAGUGUAAAGUGCCUGCAGUGGUCCGCAUAACCAGAAUCAUGCUAUACAUUGCUGGUCUUGUCACAAAUGUAGAUUAUAGUCCUUUGAAACACCCUGUUGUGCUGAAGCCAUGCUUUUAUUUCAUCUUAAAUAUUCUCUCUCCUCCCACAUGAACAUGUUAUUUUCAAUUACAAUGUAAAAACAACUUUUACAGAAAAGAAAUAAUGGGGGACAACG